AUGGCCAGAAUAUUGUUGUUAUUUGUUAUUGUGGUGGCAGUUACCGGCAAACACCAUCCAAAGUUUCCCAAAUCUGAUGAAAGUGAUCCAUUAAAGAAAGCAGUGGCCUGCAGUAGCGAACAAGAUCAGCUGAGAAAUCAAUUCAUUGAGAAAUCACGUUGCGGUGAACCCAAAGAGGUCUUUGUAGACCUAAAGCAUACGAGCUCAUAUUUACAGGUUGUACCGAGCUCCGUUUGGGUCAAACGCUGUGUUGGGCUUUGCAACUUCGGACCACCAGGCUCGCAGUGCAUCGCCAUCAAGACUAGAAUGGAAGCCAUACCGGUAUGCAUAGUGUUUGUUGAACUUAUCCCCAUACAGCGCUAUCUGUUUGUCUUAGACAUAUCCUUGACACAGUUGUUCAUUUGUUCUCGGUUGCGCAAUCCAAUUGUAAGGGUGUACAAUCUUAAAACUGAAAAGGAGACCUGCACUACAUACGAGGUUGAGGUCCACGAGAGCUGCGGCUGUUGUACCACCUCACCCAGGGACUGCGUGGCCCCAAGAGUGUUCAAUCCUCGUAAGUGCUCCUGUCAAUGCCCCAACAUGGAUGACAGAAGGAAAUGUCUAUCAAAGCGGAACCAGAAUAUGAGGUGGAAUCGAUCUAAAUGCGAGUGUGAGAAAAGAAGAACGUUCUGGUCAUAA